AUGGCGACGCCGACUUUGGACCGUUUCUUCGCCAGUAUCGCUGACCUGGUCAAGGCUCGGGAUGGACGUCAACUUCAAGAUUAUUUACAGCUCGAGCCUCCCCUGCCCGAUAUUUACCGACAAAUGGUGGAGGAAUUGCGGCAACAUUAUCCGGUCGGUCCUAAAGAGGCAGAGCUAUUGCGACGAUGCGAAACCCUCGUUCCGAAAACAAAAGGCGCCCCGUGGACUGCCUUCCCUACCUUUAUGAAGCUUUACUUUACCUUUCUGCGCGAUGUCAACCUGGACAAUCUUCUCGAAACAUACGACCUUCUCAAGGGGCUGUUGAACCAAUGUGUGCUGGCAUUAGGUGACAGUCAAAUGGGUGUCAUAGUCCUCCCCACCGUUCUGUACCUCUCGAAAGUCCUCGCAAAGCUGGCCAUGGGCCUCGACCGACGUCCAGACUUAAUUGCCCACCUGCUGCGACUCGAAGGCCGGUCGAAUCAAGAAGAAGCUACGGAAAAGGUGACGCUAGUGGAGAAAUCUGCGAAUGUCGUCCGAGAAGCAUUCAUUAAAUGUUUAACGGACAGAAGUGGCACGCCAGGUAUCCACGGAAAGCCAGAAGGGAAGAGGAUAGGGAUCUAUUUGAUGGCAAACCUUUGCCUCAAGCUGCUCUUCCAGUGCGGCAAACUCCGAAACGCAGAGCAAAUGUUUGCGAGUAUCAGCGCACAAUCCCCUCCUCUGAAACACUUCCCAGCUUCGCAGCGCGUCACCUAUCUAUACUACCUCGGACGUUACCUGUUCUCCAACAACCUCUUCUACCCCGCCCAGAUCGCCCUGCAAGCUUCUUACGAUCAAUGCCACCGCCAGGCGACAAAUCAAAAACGGGUCAUCCUAAUCUACCUCAUUCCUUGUAACAUAAUCCUAGGGCGCUUCCCCUCAUUACAGUUAUUGCAACGUCCUGAGGCCGAAGGGCUGGUAGACAAAUUCGUUCCUAUUUGUCGGUUGAUUUCCCGGGGCGAUUAUAUAGCGUUCCGCGAGCAUCUUGCAAUUGGCUCCCCCGAAACAGAAUGGUUCGCUCGGAAAGGCAUCCUUCUUGCCCUACGCAAUCGAUGCGAAAUCCUCGUCUGGCGGUCACUUGCACGAAAGGUCUUUAUCCACGCCGGUUUCCACGGCGAUCCUUCACUUGGUCCUUCUCAACGUGGACCGCCACCAUACCUCUAUCUCAACAAGUUGGACGCGGCCGUCCGUUGGAUUCAGUCUCAGCAUGCCCAGUCGGCCCAAAGCUCAAUAGGAUUCUUCGCCUCCAAACCCGAACCAGAUUCCCAGGCGGGUCAGAAUCUGUUCGGGUCCCAGAUCAUACACAAAGCAACAGAUUGGGAUUUCGAGGGGCUCGGCGACUUGGACGCACAAGAGGCAGUCGCAAGUCCAGGCCUUAUUGAGAAAUAUGGAGACUAUCUGGCACCGGACGGAUAUUUCGAUGCGCAGGGGCAGUGGCAGAUGAACCCACCGGGCAGUCUUGUUGAUGGACAGCCCUCUAUAGAUUACCAGCAAUAUGAGCUUGACCCGUACGCGAGUCGAGCCGACGGCGAGCAGGACUCAGGCAAACCUACUCUCAUGAUGCGCGAGCUUGAGUCCAUCCUGGCCUCCCUCCUCACCCAGGGUCUGAUGCGUGGAUUCCUGACUCACAAGAAUCCUCGUCUGGCGAUUCCCGGUGCGCGUCUCCGCGGUGCCAUACCGACUGGCUUUCCCAAUGUUUGGCAGACAAUCCUGGCUCGGGAACAAGAAGACGACAACGUUCCGGGAUGGGUCCAACCGCCAGCGGUGGCACCACCUCCGACAGCCGGAGGUGGACGCGUUGUGAAUCUGUCCGGAGCGAGACCUGUCGGAGUACAGUAACGACAUUAGCUACCCAUGUGAAGGCACAGCCCAAUGGAGGAUCUUUUGUACAUAGCAACGAAUACCAUGACACACAAAACAAAUAUGUGAAUGAUAAGCCAGCAUCUGGUACCUGAUGUGCCUGAACGAUGGAACAUCCGCAUCAAGUCAAUCAGACCGAUUGGGCGGUCGAGAUAUCUGCUUUGGGGGUUGAUCGACCGCCAAGCUCGGAAUCGGGCCCGAGAUCUCGGUCAUAAUUCAAGAGCCGAGGACUAACUCCGACCCUCCCGGCUUUUGUGGAUAUCUGGCUCAGAUUAAUGAUUCUGGACUCCAAGCUUGUGGAGCAGGGUUCCUCGACCGUGGCCUUACAGUCCCCAAAUGGCAUGGCGGCGGGUGUGGCAGAAUUCUGAAGGAUUGCUGAAGAAUUCCAGAACAAAUGGCGAGCGCUUAUCCAAGAAAUGACCGAGGUAGGUUCAAGAUAAGCUUAUUUGGGC